AUGAGCCAGGCAGACUUCCUGGGCCGUGCCAUUGAGCAGGUCAAGAAAGCUAUCGAGACGGACACUGCAGGCGAUUAUGAGGCGGCGUAUCAGCAGUACUACAGUGCGCUUGAGCUGUUCAUGCUUGCCCUGAAAUGGGAGAAGAACCAGAAGUCAAAGGACAUGAUCCGAGGCAAGGUUGCUGAGUACAUGGAGCGCGCCGAAAAACUCAAGCAACACCUGAACCAGAACGACGCCUCAAAUCGCAAGAAACCAUCUGCCAUGGGCGCAAAUGGCAAGUCGGCUGGAGGCAGUGGGAAGGGUGGCAAGGAUGACGAAGAUGGUGAACAAGACGCCGAUUCGAAGAAGCUCCGCGGUGCGCUCGCGGGAGCGAUCCUGACAGAGAAGCCCAAUAUCCGAUGGGAAGAUGUCGCAGGUCUAGAGGGAGCCAAGGAGGCGUUGAAAGAGGCUGUCAUUCUGCCCAUCAAGUUCCCGCAUCUCUUUACUGGCAAGCGACAACCAUGGAAGGGUAUCUUACUAUACGGGCCGCCCGGUACGGGUAAGAGUUAUCUCGCAAAAGCAGUCGCAACAGAAGCGAACAGCACGUUCUUCAGUGUUUCAAGUUCCGACCUGGUCAGCAAGUGGAUGGGAGAAUCAGAACGGUUGGUCAAGCAGCUCUUCGGCAUGGCCCGCGAGAACAAGCCCUCCAUCAUUUUCAUCGACGAGAUCGACGCCCUCUGCGGCCCUCGCGGCGAAGGCGAAUCCGAAGCCUCACGACGUAUCAAGACCGAGCUUCUCGUACAAAUGGACGGUGUAGGCAAAGACUCUAAAGGCGUUCUCAUUCUAGGCGCGACAAACAUCCCCUGGCAACUCGACUCGGCCAUUCGACGACGAUUCCAACGGCGCGUACACAUCAGCUUACCCGACACACCAGCACGAAUGAAGAUGUUCGAACUGGCUGUCGGAAAUACACCGUGUGAACUCAGCCAGGCAGACUACAGGCAACUUGCAGACUUGAGUGAGGGGUACUCCGGCUCAGAUAUAAGCAUCGCGGUGCAAGAUGCGUUGAUGCAGCCCGUCCGACUCAUCCAAACAGCUACACAUUACAAGCCAGUCGAAGUCGACGGUCAAAUAAAAUGGACGCCCUGCUCACCCGGCGACUCCCAAGCACAAGAAAAGUCCUGGACCGAGUUGGACGGCGACGAGCUUCUCGAACCGCCACUGCGUGUGCGCGAUUUCGUCAAGGCGAUCAAGGGGAGCAGACCGACGGUCAGCGGUGAAGACUUGUCCAAGAACGCCGAUUGGACCAAGGAGUUUGGCAGUGAGGGCGCGUAG